GGUAUUCGCCACUACUGUCGGUGGCGUCAGGUGUGAACAAACGUAUAAUGGCGGUAGCGAGGCCCUCGCUGUCAGCCAAUGAAAGUGAUUUUGAGGAUUUUGCGGAAAGUAAGGCGCGUAAUUUAGCGCAAAUUAUGAAGAGGAAAAAGAUACCUGAACGCGUGGGCAAGGAGCUCCAAGCGGGCGGGACUGGUUCAAGUGAAGAGCCAGGAAACACAAUCUCCCAAGACACAGCAAUCUACAGCAGCUUCUCUGAAAAUGUCAGUAACCAGUAUCCAGGGGCAAUCUGGGUGCUUCAGCCUUGCUAAUACAACACCUAAGCAACAGAAUCAAGACGCAAAAAAUGCAAGGAAACCAGGUGAAUCUUUCUACAUACACACCAGUAAUCUCCCUACGUUGAAAGCCCUGGCGAUUUGUGGAAGUCAUUCCCGCCAACUUCAUCAAAGCACAAAACAAAAAAAUAAAUAAAAGCUCCUUUACAAAUGACUUGUCGAUUGUGCUUGCGCACUUUAGUACCGGAAAAUGCCAUUUGCUUAUUUGAAUCUCCUGAAAAGGAGACGAAGCUUGUUAAGUUAAUAGCAAAAUACUUACAUUUGGAGAUAACGCAGGAUGACCCGAUAUCAACUUCAUUGUGUGAAGAUUGCAGUGAUCAUUUGGAAGAAUUUCACAAAUUCUGGACCUAUGUCGAUUUAAAGCAGAGUUCGUUGGGUAGUGAAUUCCUCGCAGUUAAAUGCAGUGAAAUAAAGAAAGACGUAUCGGUAUUAAUUGAUGUCAGUGAGGAGAAUGCUGAUAGCCAAGAAGAAAUACUGCUAGAUUUAAAAGAUAUACCAGCACCAGAAACUUAUGACAGCAGCAACAUUGACAUAGUGCCGGUGCCCGAAAACAUAAGUGUUACCUCAGAUAUCAAAUUGGAUAUCGAUGUAGAUUCGUAUAAUAAUUUAGAAGUCGAUUCAGAUUGGAAAAAUGAAGACGAAUCGUUUGAUGAUGAUAUUCCAUUGUUAAGCUUAAAGGAUAAAUUACAAAAAAAUUCUUCAAGUCGAACUAAAAUUAUUGUGAAAAAUCAUGUUCGUAUAAAAAAGAUCGGCCAAAAGUGUAAGAAGGAGCAGUCUUCUGCUAAACGAAAUGAAGAAAUAAUUGGAAAUUGCAUGCUUUUGAAUUGUGAUCUGUGUAAUGUGUGUGUUGAAAAUUACAACGAUCUUCGAUUGCAUUUCACACAAGUACAUAACAGAACAACAUAUGUGAAGUGUUGUGGAAAAACAUUCCGUAGACCAAACGUAUUAGCUGAACACGUUCAAUGGCAUACGGAUCCCAGUAAAUUCAAAUGUGAUAUCUGUGGCAAACAGUUGCGGUCUAGCAAGUGCCUGGCUAGUCACAUGAAAAUGAUCCAUUCCAAAAAGGAAAAAGUAUGCUGCCCUAUUUGUUCGAAGGUAUUUCGGGGGCAGAAAUGUCUCGACAAUCACAUACGAAGACAUAAAGGCAAUAGAGAAUAUCCCUGUAAAAUAUGUAACAAAAGCUUUGCAAACCCGCAACGCUUGCGUAGACAUAUUGAGGCCAUACACGAGAAUCUCCACCGCCAUAUAUGUGACAUAUGUGGUAAAGCAUUUAAAUUGAAACCCCCAUUUGAAAGGCACGUGCUUGAGCACCAAGGCAUAAUAGAGCCACCGGUUCAAUGUGAUAUUUGUGGAGAGUGGUCUAAGAAUAAGUAUGUUCACAGGCUGCAUAAAUUCAAACACAAUAACAUUGACACGGACUGUAAAUUUUGUGGACGCAAAUGCCGCUCGCGCACUGCGUUGCUAGCUCACAUCAAUUAUAUGCACAAGAAAAAGUAUGAUUUACAAUGCAGCUUUUGCGACAAAACUUUCAAAGAGACUAGAAACCUAGAAGAACAUAUGGCUACGCACACGGGUGCACAAUUAUAUUCUUGUCCGCAUUGUUCCAAGGAAUGCCGCUCAAGGUCGAACAUGUACGUUCAUAUUAAACGUAUGCACGUGAAUGAAUGGUUUCAAUCGAAAGUGGCGCGUUCAAAUGAUCCAAAACUGAGAGUGGAAAACGUCAGCUGAAAUUAUUUAAUAUUUAUGUAAGGUGGUUGCUACCGUUUUUUUUUUUCUUUUUUUCAUGGAAAAUGUAAUAUAAAUACAUUGCUGAAAAUAAUACCAACUUUUUGAAAUGUAUUACAUAUUCUGCGGUGCUACAGAACAUUAAAAGGUUGGGUCGAAAAACCAUUAAGUGGUAUUUAUUUCCUUCACGGAAGGUUCCCCCUACAGUCAGUUCCACGUUACUCGAUCGACCCGAAUUUAUAUCUUGCGAAGGAUUGUCACUUCUGCAGCAUUCGUCAAACAUGCAUCGUGAAUGGUUUUUGAUUUUACAACAGUGUCUAACUUGGCAAUUUCGUUUUAUUUUAAUAAUGUAAUCUCUAUGGACCAGCUGUUAUAAUUUUAAAAUGACAAAU